AUGAACGCCUCCUGCCAAUGCGGAGCCAUCAAAUUCAAGACGCCACUUCCCAAACCACUUGCAGUCUACAUAUGCCACUGUGAUGAAUGCCGUCUACAAUCUGGAUCAGCAUAUGGAUGUUCGGCUAUAUUUCCUGCAUUCAAAUUACCUGGCAAAGAUCAGUUGAGCUGUUAUUCACGUCCAACAGCAUCCGGCCACACCCUCAACUGCUAUUUCUGCAAAAGCUGCGGAACACGCGUCAUCCACUCUACGCCAGGAAAGAAUGUCGUAAGCGUGAAGGGUGGUUGUAUUGAAGGAUUGGAUUUCAAAGUCGCUACGCACAUCUGGUGUAAACGUGCUAUGGUUCCCAUCCCCGAAGGCGUUGAGCGCCACGACGAAGAGCCAGAUAACGAGAAAUACGAUACCGACAACAGCGACAUGGCGCAAAGUGAUGGAGGCGGUAGUACGCGUCUUGGUCCUGGAUCCGGACCUGGUAGUGAGAGCGAGGGAAAUGGGAAAGGGGCUGAGCUGUGA